AUGAUUCAUUCAAGACAGCAGAAGCAGAAGGACAUGAAAUAUGAGGUUUUCUGCCUUGCAUGCAAAGUUGCAAACAGGAAGCUUACUUGCAAGAGUGAAAUCGUAUACCUAAAUCAACAUCCAGAAAGUACUAGCCUUUAUCCAAAAUUGAAAAAUAUCGAUGGAUCCACUGUUGAUGUAUCGUGCAAUAAUCCUGGAUUUGAAACUGUAGCUGCAAAUUAUCUUAAGGUAUUUGAUGAUGUAAUAACGGCAGUGGAAGAAAAACCUGGAGAU